UAUACCCACCCCCAAACGUGCCUCCCCAGCGCCGCAGGGAGCCAACAGACACGCUGGAGUUUAACAAACAGCAAUACUCUUCGCGCUCUCGAAAAGCAGGGCUGGACGCUCUCCGUGGUGCUGAAACGCUUCGCGGCGGCUGCUGUCCGUGGUACCUAAAGCCCCCUCGCUCCAAUUUCCCCUGGGGCUUUCCCUCCGCGCCCGUUUCCCACCUCCCCUUAGCAUCUGGAUUAUUUUUUCAAUAGCGCUCGCUGAUUUUGUAAGUACCAAUUUGAAACAUUUAUUUUUGGCCCCAUAACUCGUGGACUACAAAGCACAAGGACCUGAAAAUGUACAGCUUCAAUACUCUUCGACUCUACCUUUGGGAGACCAUUGUAUUCUUCAGCCUUGCUGCUUCUAAGGAGGCUGAAGCCGCCCGCUCCGCACCCAAGCCUAUGUCUCCCUCGGACUUCCUGGAUAAGCUAAUGGGGAGAACCUCUGGAUAUGAUGCCAGGAUCAGGCCCAAUUUUAAAGGUCCCCCGGUGAACGUGAGCUGCAACAUUUUCAUCAACAGCUUUGGUUCCAUUGCUGAGACAACUAUGGACUACAGAGUCAACAUCUUCCUGCGGCAGCAGUGGAACGACCCCCGGCUGGCCUACAAUGAGUACCCAGACGACUCCCUGGACCUGGACCCAUCCAUGUUGGAUUCCAUCUGGAAGCCCGACCUGUUCUUCGCCAACGAGAAGGGGGCCCACUUCCACGAGAUCACCACGGACAACAAGCUGCUGAGGAUCUCCCGGAACGGGAAUGUCCUCUACAGCAUCAGAAUCACCCUGACACUGGCCUGCCCCAUGGACUUGAAGAAUUUCCCCAUGGACGUCCAGACGUGUAUCAUGCAACUGGAGAGCUUUGGAUAUACCAUGAAUGACCUCAUCUUUGAGUGGCAGGAGCAGGGAGCUGUGCAGGUGGCAGAUGGACUAACUCUGCCCCAGUUUAUCCUGAAGGAGGAGAAGGACUUGAGAUACUGCACCAAGCAUUACAACACAGGUAAAUUCACCUGCAUUGAGGCCCGGUUCCACCUGGAGCGACAGAUGGGCUACUACCUGAUCCAGAUGUACAUCCCCAGCCUGCUCAUUGUCAUCCUCUCCUGGAUCUCCUUCUGGAUCAACAUGGAUGCUGCGCCAGCCCGUGUGGGCCUGGGCAUCACCACCGUGCUCACCAUGACCACCCAGAGCUCCGGCUCCCGAGCAUCCCUGCCCAAGGUGUCCUACGUGAAAGCCAUUGACAUCUGGAUGGCAGUGUGCCUGCUCUUCGUGUUCUCCGCCCUGCUGGAGUAUGCUGCUGUCAACUUCGUGUCUCGGCAGCACAAAGAGCUGCUCCGAUUCCGGAGGAAGCGAAGGCAUCACAAGAGCCCCAUGUUGAAUCUGUUCCAGGAGGACGAGGCCGGAGAGGGCCGCUUCAACUUCUCUGCCUACGGCAUGGGCCCCGCCUGCCUGCAGGCCAAGGACGGCAUCUCGGUCAAGGGGGCCAACAACAACAACACCACCAACCCUCCCCCUGCACCGUCCAAGUCCCCGGAGGAGAUGCGAAAACUCUUCAUCCAGAGGGCCAAGAAGAUCGACAAAAUAUCGCGCAUCGGCUUCCCCAUGGCCUUCCUCAUCUUCAACAUGUUCUACUGGAUCAUCUACAAGAUUGUCCGCAGGGAGGACGUCCACAACCAGUGACGGGUCUGGGACGGGGAGGCUGGGGAGGGCGGAGCGGGACUAGCACAGGAAUCGGGGGGCCUGAGGAAGAGCCGGGGCGAGGGGGGCACGCACACACAACUCCCUCUCCGCAACAUGUGCAAUAACGAGGCAGUGAUGCAUGAGUCUUA